AGCGAACUCAUCGCUCUUGGGCUGCCACGCUCGUUCUGCACGAGCGAGCAGCUGCCAAAUGGUGGCCAGCGCGGUCUCCAAUGACUUGAACUUAUCCAACAAGGUGUUGUUCCGUGGUGUACCUGACAGCUGCAGCUCGGAGGAGGUGUCCGCUUUGCUGCAGAAGUUUGGGCCAGUGGAGUGCAUUUGCUACGAGAAAGGCAAGGGCGGGGGCUCGGCGGAGUUCCUCUUCUGCGGCUCCGCCGAGAGUGCUGAGGAGGAGUCCAAGAGGCCAAACUCCUCGCUGGUCUUGGCUGGUCAGCGUGUCGAAAUUGUUCGUGGUGCUCCAAGAUGGGAAGGGAGCACAGACACAGGCGCUUUCCAGCAAGCCUUUGUGACACCAAAGGUGAGCAUGGACCCGUUGGACACUGUGAUCGUCCGCGGUCAGACUUCGGCGGCUGCCAUUGGAAUGGUUGCGGAACUUGCCAAGUCCCGAACAACCACCUUGGUGAUUUGGGACCGGCAUCACAAGCCGAAAGACGAAGUCAAGGUGGCAAAUCUCCCAAAAAAGAUCUUCAAGGAGACCUUCUCAGAGCAGGAGCCAGACAAGGAAGUUAUGAAACGAGCUGGAGAUUAUUUCCCGGUGGGUGCGCCAAAGUGUGCGCUGGUGCACCUAGCAGAGGAGAAGCUGAAAGUUGCAACAGAGCUGGCAAAGCCAUUGUCAAAGGUCAACGACCUCAUGGAUUUCUGCAGGCAUAACCACUUGGAAACCAUGUCCAACUUCAACGCCUUCAAGAUCUAUCAGGAGUGGAUCCACGCGAACCGUGCUUGCACUUUCGUGCUGAUCCCGCCAAAGCUAUGCUAUGAGUGGGACGAUGACCUGGCGACUUGCACCACGGGGAGUAGGCGAAUCGUGCGAGGGGAUCCUGCGAGGCGGCGCGAUGGGUCGGGCUGGACCUUGGGCCUACAGAUGACCCACUCUGCCGCAGCUGUAAAUGCUGCUUUGGCAUCAGCAACGAUUAUGAGCGUGGUGACGGCUGACGACGCCACGAGGAGCAACCUUGCUGGCCGAUGCCUGGAAUUGAGCAUGCCAGUGUUUUCUACCUGGACACAGGGCACGAAGUGAUCCUGCGGCGUUUCACGCAGGGCCAAGGCAAUGAUCCACUGUUGAAAUUGACGCUGGCGAGCAAGGCGCUGACAGGUGGGAUCAGCCAGUCUUCGUGAAGCGGAGGCUUCUUCCGGGCUAGGAGGGCAACCGCCCGAGCGACCCGAGAGCGGAAUCCUCG